GGUUUUGGCAGAUCCAGCCAAUUCACUCCACGUCAGAGCAUGGCACCCAAAAAAUCUAUUAUAUCAUCAAGGAAAAGUGCCUGGGACUAUGAAUUUGAACCUAGCAAAAGAAGCUUUGGUCUCCAAACUUGCACAGAUACUGGCGUAGGAGACUGCCCUGCUUGCCUCAGUGCCAAGAACAGCUGUCACAUGGACACUUGCACGUUAUGUUGCGAACCGAAAUAUUGCGGGCCGAAGGGUAAACAAUGCCCCUUCGCGAAAGGUACCGAAGUACAAACUGAACCAAUAUGCAUGUACGACUGUUUGACAUGCGACUGUUCGGACGAGUUCGGAUUAGCCGGCUGCGUCUUUACAGGACCCUGCGAUCUUACAGGAGUGGAAUGCAGAUGCCUGGAUAAGAGUUGUUCCACUACCGGACAUUGUUUGCUCGAAGACGAUGAUGAAUUAUGGAGAGGAGCCCCAAAAUGCCAGGGAACUGAUCCAUAUCAAGAGGAUUACGCUGAUAUUGAUAUAACAAUUAGCCAACAGGAUGCCUUUUAUGGCAACAACAACCCCUCUACUACAUAUACAUUCGAAUCUGCAGGGACGGAUCCAAACAGAGGAUGUAGCAUGAUGGCACCAGGGAUGGCAUCAGGUUUGGAUGCUGACGAUAUAAUUAGGAAGUGUCACGCUUUAUGUCAAACCACACGAGAUCAAGAUUUCGACGUCCAAGAUUUAAUAGACCAAGGCAUACAGUACGAUUACCCGAUCGGCGGUGGCUGUGGGCAACAACCAACUACACCGCUAAGUCAACUGGUUUUCCCAAGUGAUCAAAGUACGAGUGUAAUGAUUCCGCCGGACCAACCAAACUACGGAAGCUGCGCACAGACAAGCACAACGCAAUUAUUCGGAAAUAUCAACCAGAUUGCAGGACAGCAACGGAGCGGUUGCAAUAUGACCCCACUAGAAGUUCUUCAACCGCCACAAAUACCAACAACCCGAACUUGCGCUAGUGAAACCCUAGUCGAUUACGAUGUAGUAUCGAACCGAAGCAUCACGCCUAGUGCAUUCUUGAACGAACAACAACAGCCGUCACCGCAGCCACUGGAUAAUAUACCAGAAGAACAAAAUUAUCAGAUCGAGAUAGAAGAAACUCCCACGCCUCAUGGAAAUGCCAACAAAAUCAGUAUCAUAGCCCUUCCUCCUCGAGUGGCAGGCCGACUGCAGCAAAUGAGCAGACCAGACUACCAGAAGAGCACGGCCAGUUUAGCGUCAGCUAGUAAAGUACAAGUUGGUAGUUGUCCGACCCAAACACCAUACCCACCACCAAUGUACAGACCACAUCCCACAGGAUUGUCGAGGACAGAGAGUAAAACAUCGCACAAGAGCAUUUUAUCUCGUAAUAAAAGUAUGACAGAUAACAUCGGGAAUGGGCACAAAUCGCAAGUUCAUUUCAAUAUAGAAAUAACGGAUAAUGAAAAUAAUGACAGAACUAUAGUCCUUAGAAGAAGAAGCGUAGUUGGCGGUGAAGAUACAAACGUACCUUCAACGCAAUAAUAACGGAACCGAAACGUAAAUUUAAAAAUAAAUAUUGCAAUAUAAAAUAAUAAUAAAAAUGGAACUAAAGAAAGAAACCAAGAAGAAACGUAAAUGAAACAGUAAACUAUGCAAAUGUUAAAGUACUAUUUUUAUUUCUU